AUGGAGACGAGGCUCGCCCCCGGGGGUGUCUCCGUCAUGCGCCCCUCUCGUCUGCUCGGUUCUCUGCUCAUCUCCUCCGCGAACGCCGCGGCGAAGAUACUCUCGGCUGUGGUGUCUUCGAGCACGGUGGCCGGACAUGAUGGAGAGAGGUGGAAGGCCAUGGAUCAUCUGAGGUACAUCACCAUGAUAACACUGUGGGUGACCAUCUGGGUGAUUCGGAUCCUGAUGGAUUACCUCCCCACCUUCGGUAUCCUGCCCUCUGAUGCUACUCGAGGUGUGGUCACGGCGGAAGCCGGAGACAUUUCUCCGGCCCCGCCGGGAGCCUUGGUCUUGCAUGGCGGAUUUGGGAAUUCGGCCGCCGGGCCGUCCACCAGAGCCAUCGGAAGGGCUCUGUGCCAUGUAAAGUUCCAAUCCGAUCCUCUUGCUUCAAAUUCUCCACGCAUGGUUCGUCAAAUCUUUCCCUGCAGGUACUCUCGCUGCUCAACGACGUCCCAAUCACCGCCAGGAAGUAUGAUUUUGUCGUGAGCACGGCGGAGAGGAUCCUCGACGAAAACGCCUUCAGCGGCGACGCAACUCUCCAGCAGGUCAACCGCGAGGCCCUCUACUCGGCCUUCUUCCGAACAUGCGAGAGGCUCCGCGUCUCCCUCCAGGCAUCGCGCGAUUCCGAGGAGGCAUCCGCUACGUGGCCUUCGCGCGCGCUGUGCCGGCUCCCGCUCGGUUCUCUCCUUGCCUCCUACUUCAAUGGCCUCCUCGGCCUCCUCUCCGCAGUGGCUGAAAGGCCGCAGCGGCUGCCGCCGCCGCCGCCGGGGAGGAGGCGCGAGUGCCUGGAGUCGGAGAAGCUGGCGCAGGAGCUGCUGUGGAUAGCGACCAAGAUGAGGGCCUGCGGGGCCCUCGACGGGGCCGUUGUGCGGUGGAGCCUCGCCACCAGGCUCGCCGCCCUGUCCCUGACGGCACAUCCCGGCGCCCAGGCCCCCCUGGUCAAGAUCUCGGCGUUGCUUCUCCGGGAGGUGGCGCACACGCCGGGCGGAGCGCCGAGGGACGUCAGAUUCAGGAUCCUCGCCUUGUGGAUUCCCCUCCUCUGCUACGCCAGCAACGGCGCGGGCUCCCCCGUGCUCACGGGGUGGGAGAAGCGGGACAUGGAAGCUAUCCUGGGAGAGCUGAUUCAGGGGCUGCCCUGGGACGACCAGGAACUGAUACUCGCAAGCUGGAUGGAGGACUUCACCUUCUCUGCGUCGGACUGGCCCGAUCUUCGGAGUUGCUACGAUCGUUGGUGCCUCUCCUCGAGGAAGCUCCUCCUCGAAUAA